AUGUCCAGGCUUCUUCAGAAGAGGGUGCCCUCGCCGCCCCUGGAUUCGGGGCGACCAUCCUUCUCGUCCAUUCGCGAGCGUGAUUGCGACUGUGCGCAGUCCUUCACGUCAACCAAGAUCUCCUCGUAUAUUUCCCUAAACCAGCAAGGAAAUGUUCAGAGGCGGCAGUCUGCCGACGAGAUUGCAGUGCUUGAUGACUCGUGCUCUGCUUCUCCUGCUCGUCCAUCCUCCCCCAAAGUCAGCACUUCGUCACCAUCUUCUUCUCCAUUGGGGGCUCCUGCUUUUGACAGCUCAGUCACCUGGAUAAGUGGGGGUGAUCGCUACGACGAAGAGUCGCACAGCUGCAUGAAAGGGCAAGACAGCCUACUUGAUCUCAGCACCAUGCAGCUGGACGAUCCGAACAUGAACAUGGAAGUUUCUGGCCUUGAUAUGGAGGGUGGAGCUGAUAUGGCAAACACUGUGGACAUGAGGCAGCCGCUGGAAUUGCUGCCCGUCGAGCUUUUCCAGUUUGUUCUUGAACAUCUUAUUGUCGAUAUUCCACCAAAUGGCAUCGACCGCCGCAAUGUCGAUCUGGUGUCUCUUAAUGUCACGUCGCGGUCCAUCUAUGGCAAGACCCUAGAGGCACUGUAUCGGCGAGUCACCAUCCCACAUUCACGCAUCUUUCAAAAGUUUCUAGCACAAAUUGAGGCUUACCCCGUCCGCGGCACUUGGGUACACCGUCUUGACUUCUCCCAUCUCAACCCCAUCAGCCUCUUUUCAUCUGUCAGCAAGCGCUACGCCGCCCGUAACCUCACGUCGGAGACGCUCCUUCGUUGUCUGGACCUCACACCCGAACUGCACGAGUUUCUCGCCCAGGACUACAUUGACAGCGACUUGAGCGAGGACGUUCUUCGAAAGGUGUUCACUGGCCUGCCAAAGCUCAAAGCCCUCGACCUAUGCGGCUCCUCGUCUAUCUCGUUUCGAAACGCCUUCACCUCUCUCGUUGCUCGCCCACUACCGACUGGGGAUUGGCCCGAAUAUCUUGGCAUCGAAAGGCUUUCUUUACACAAAUGUACCUCAUUGACACCUGCUGUCUUUGAUUUCUUGCUGCCGAAGCUUGGCAAUCUUACUCAUCUGGACGUGGCCGGAACCGGGAUUACGGACGCGGCCCUCCACAGCAUUCCUGCUACAGCUUGCCUAACGCAUCUGAACCUGGCUAAGUGCUCACUACUUACCGCAGAUUCUGUGAUCGAAUUCUUGGCACACCACCCCGCUGUGAAUCACGAGCAUGGUCUCGUUUUUUUGAGCUUGAGCUUCGACGCCUCUAUUUCCGAGAUUUUUGGCGAAUCUGACGUUUCGCGGCUGCUCAAUAUCAUGCCUGAGUCGCUGAAGUCGCUCAGCCUUAAGGGUAGCAAGAUGAGCCAGUCCCACUUGCCUCAACUCCGGAUACUUUCCAGACACCUGGAAGAGCUGGCCCUUGGCCGUGGCUUGACUCUUGGGGAUGUCGGGGCCCUUGUGGUACCACCACAGUCCACUUCCGCGGAUAUUAGGGGCACCAGCGGUGACAAAGCCUGGGUCCAGCCUUCACUUCGAUACAUUGACUUGACGGACAUGACCGCGGAAAUCUUUGAUCUGUCUUACCUCUAUCUAGACAGCCGGCUCCUGGACCCUGUCACUGCGCCACUGGAAGUCAUCGAGGUAUCAGAGGACGUGUUCAAGCGUGUUUCCAAAUCAAUGGGCCCACUAAGCCGCAUGGGCUGGCGCAGAUCUGAGAUUGGUGCUCGAUCCUGGUUGGUUCGUGGAGGCGUUCCUAGUGGCAGCCGACCAGCCUUGGCUGUAGGCAGCUUUGCCAUGGAAAACGGCCAGCGACCUUGGAAAAUGGGUGCGCAGUCUUGGGGGAUGCGCAAACUUCCUGUUGCCCAUACUAAAGUUGGCGGCAUGUAUGGAUCGUACAUGUUUGGCAGAAAGUUAUAG